GUCCAUAACUGAUUUUCGCUCAGUAAACAUUCGGAAGCUGAAAAACCCGCAAUAGAUCCUGUUGGUUCAUUUAUUUUUUCUGCUUCGAGAUAACUUAUCACCUACAUAUUAUAAAGGGUAAAAAUUUUAUAUAUAUAUUCUCUGUUUUUUCGAAUUUGAUGCAAAUUUUAUAAAGAGCUAUCUUCGUCGAUUUACUUUUGCUUACAAUGAUAAGACCUUUUAGACUUAAAAGCAAAACGCAGCUGAUAUUAUCGGACUCAUGUAAAAAACAGUUGAACAUAGAUUAAUUUAUAUACACGUAAAAAACUAAUCGUUUGAAAUUUUUUGUGCAAAUCUAGGCCUAAUGCAUUUCUCUGUGGCGGUGCCCAUGAAAAAUCUUUUAUUUGUCCAAAUGAACUUGAUGAGACAACGUUUUAGUUAUCUACUGGAUUUUUGACCUUCAAAGUGUGAUAUGCAUCCCACUAUAAGAAAUUUAAAGGAAAUUCAUUAAGGAAAGGAUAUUAUUUACUCUGGUUAAUUCGCUUUCUAUCAUGUUCGACGCUGACGAAGGAGAAUCAAUAUGCAUCAUAGAUCUUUUACCAACACUGGAGUCUAUAACUGUAUUGAUAGGAAUAGCUUCAACUGUCAUUACUCAUACUCUACUUUCUUCAUCAGCCAUAGGCGCUGUUCUAGUUAUAUCCGUUUUUACAAUCAUAUUAGAUUUAAUACCUGGUUUUUACGAUUUUGAGGCUUUGGGUAAAGUAUACAGGCCUGGAACAACUACAUGUUUCUAUUGUGGACUUUUGGUACCAGUAGCAGAGCUCUUGACAAGGCACUCAGCCGGUAACAACGAAUGCUUUGGAAGAACAGUGGCUUUUUGUGGAUGUGUACUAAUCGUUUUAUUAGUACGAAAUUUGACAUUGGCGGCAGACACUUUACAACCGGAUGAUGGAUUUACAAGCAAAUUCUCUCAUAGCUUUUUUAUAUCAAUUGCGUUUGCUUUAUUAUUAUCAAUAAUUUCUUAUUUUGUAUGGAAUAUAGCAAUAUGGAUUGAUCCUGAAUUUUUAGUUCUUGCCGCAAACUGCGCCCUUAUCGGAUUUUUGAUAAUAGAAUCUGUAAGAUCGUUGAAAAUUCAACCUUUUGGGUCUUGGUUACGAGAAUACUUAGAAAUAUUUAUUGACGAGAAAGAUCAAGGAAACAUUAUAUUAACUCAUAUUUAUUUACUUGUUGGUUUUACUUGUCCUCUUUGGUUGUAUGGAAGCAGCUUUGAGAAGAUUCCACCAGCUGUCCUAAGCGGGGUUCUUUCUCUUGGUAUUGGCGAUACGGCUGCUGCUGUGGUUGGUUCUAAAUAUGGUGUAAGAAAAUGGCCAGGGUCAAAUAAGUCUUUGGAAGGAACUACUGCAGCAAUACUCUUUCAAAUUAUCGCUAUCAUGAUACUUAAACUGACAGGAAUCAUGCAACAAAUUUCAGUUUUUCGACUAUUCACGGCUAUUGUUAUGACAUCGUUUCUUGAGGCAUUUACGGCUCAAAUAGACAAUAUAGUGUUGCCGUUGUAUAUGUAUGUGUUAUUGAUAUAG